AUGACUUUCCUCCAAGGCCAGUGCGAGGACGACUGCUACUCUUCCUGCAACUACGGGGGCCUCUACGGUUACCGGGGCUACGACUGCGGGAGCCCCUGCGGCUACCGGGGCUACGGGAGCCUCUAUGGCUCCCGCGGCCUCUACGGCUGCGGUGACCGCUACGGCUACGGCAGCUUGUACGGCUACCGGGGCAUCUUUGGCUCCGGGGACUGCUACGGCUCCGGGGGGCUCUACGGGGGCUACCGGGGCUUCUACGGCUCUGGGGACUGCUAUGGAUACCCCGGGUUCUACUCUGGCCGCUACGGGUACCCCUUCGGCUCCCGCUACGGCCAAAGGUUCGGCUUCGGGGGCUGCUACAGCUGCUAAAGCCGAGGGAGCCACGCUGAAACCCAGCCCGGGUUUGGUGGGAUUGAUGGAGAGUCCAGCAGUGGAGACCAUGGCUGGGCAGAGUUUUGUGGACAAGAGGCACGGCCGGGGUGCUCCGAGAGCUCUGCGCUGCUGCUGAAGGGCUGGCGGUGAUUCGGCUUCAUCCUGCUGUCCCAGCUCUCCUCUCGACCCAGAACUUCUCCUCAAUCCUCCAAGCAAACCUAACUCCGUGUUUUGUGUUUUUGGUUGUGCUGUACAAAAUGUUUCCUCUGACUGGAUGAUGUGGGUGUCAUGUGACUUUGGGAGUGUGGUUUUUCCAUUCUGUAUCCCUUUAAUGUUAUCUC